AUGUCCGUUGAAAGUUGUCCAAUACCUCCUACCUCUGAAAUUGAAAAACUUAGAUUAGAAAACGGCGAUGUCAAUAAACCCCCGUCACCAGCGAACGGAGUUUCGGCAGGCGAUGCUCCAUCAACCCCUACAAAGGCCAACGGAACUCCAACUCACACCCAGUCACCUGGAUCUCCGGCAUCGAGUGCAUUUAAAGAAGUUUUUAGAGCAUUCUCGAAAUUCGGUGAUACCAAAUCUGAUGGCCGAUUGAUUACUCUGUCCCAAAGUGACAAAUGGAUGAAACAAGCAAAGGUUAUCGAUGGUAAAAAAAUCACCACCACCGAUACUGGCAUUUAUUUCAAAAAACUGAAGCAACUCAAGGUCCCUUUUUCCGAUUACAGCAAGUUCUUGGAAGAUUUAGCCAAGAGCAAAAAAGUUGAUCUUGAAGAAAUGAAACACAAAAUGGCCAAUUGUGGACAACCAGGUUUCUCUGGAGUUGGGCAAGUUAAAGCCAGCAGUACCGUUGACAGACUUACGGAUGCUUCGAAAUACACCGGUUCACACAAACAGCGUUUCGACGAGACAGGUAAAGGAAAAGGAAUAGCAGGAAGGAAGGAUCUCGUAGAUGAGUCAGGAUACGUUGCUGGAUACAAAAACAAAGAUACAUUUGACAAGAAGUAAACGUAAAAAAAUAUUGUCAGUCGGGAUUAUUUUUAAGUUAAUCGAUAUUAUUAUCGAUAUUUUUUGACUUCCGGAUAUUUAUUUUUACAACAACAAGAAUGCAAUAACAAUUAUCUAGGCACAUAAUUUGACGUUGAAAAACGUUUAAAAAUUUUUUUUAACAGAAAUUCAUAUCUCUUAUUUAAUAUGUACCUAUACAAGGCCUUUUCAGUAACAGUUCACAGAAAUUUUACGCUUAUUUACUACCAAUAGGUACGUAAAAUACACAGGAAAAACUAUUUAGUAUGGAAGUUUUUCAUAUUUUUAAUAAUUGAUUUAAAUGCGUCUUUUGUUAGUGCCAUUUGACUUCAAUCAACAACUUAACAUGUAAUAAGUUGAAAUAAGUUUUUUCAAGAUAACUGAUAAAUAUAUUAUGAUAGUUAUUCGUAUUCACUGACUUUAAUUAUAAUUAGAUGGAAUGGUAGAAGUACUACACGUAAUGCUUGAUUUUGAUUGUGGGUGGAGUUCUCUUGUAGGAAUAAUAUUUGAAUUAGUUAGGUAAGGUUAGACGACGUUUUCUUAAUGUUGUAUAUGUUGGAGCCUUAACAGAAUUCACAAAAUUCGUAAUCUUCCUUUAACUUUUGAGAAGUAUCUUACAUUUCUAUUUAUGAAUACAUGUAUAAAACGUAUAUAUUUGUACGCCAUUUUUAAGAUGAACGAAAUAAUUAAUUUCUAUAUUUAUGGAAACUUGUAAACCUAUUGAUAAUUAUCUAUACAAUAUUUCUUGCAAUAACAUCAUUGAUAAGUGGAAUACACGUUUUGUUAAUGAGUAUUUAAGUAUUUACGUUACUUAAAGACUUUUGAUAGUUAUUGUUCCUUUUUAUUGAAAUUUUCUAUUUUGUUGAACGUUACUGAUGGUUAUUAUUUGAUUAUUAUAUUGCGUUGUUAAAGAUAUUAAAUUUUUUACACUAUAAACUAUGUAUAUCCUUA